CCGGCUCCCGCGGCCCGGGAGGUUUCACUGCACAACAAGAUGGCGGCGGCGGCGGCGAGCGGAGCUGGCGGGGCUGCCGGGGCCGGGGCGGGGGGAGCCGGGCCGGCCGGCCGCCUGCUGCCUCCGUCCGCCCCGGGGUCCCCGGCCGCCCCCGCGUCGGUGUCCCCGGCGGCCGGCCCGCCGCGUCCCCCGGCCCCGGCCUCCCGCGGGCCAGUGCCUGCCCGCAUCGGCUACUACGAGAUCGACCGCACCAUCGGCAAGGGCAACUUCGCGGUGGUCAAGCGGGCCACGCACCUCGUCACCAAGGCCAAGGUUGCCAUCAAGAUCAUAGAUAAGACGCAGCUGGAUGAAGAAAACUUGAAGAAGAUCUUCCGGGAAGUUCAAAUUAUGAAGAUGCUUUGCCACCCGCAUAUCAUCAGGCUUUACCAGGUUAUGGAGACAGAACGGAUGAUUUAUCUGGUGACAGAAUAUGCUAGUGGAGGGGAAAUAUUUGACCACCUGGUGGCCCAUGGCAGAAUGGCGGAGAAGGAGGCCCGUCGGAAGUUCAAACAGAUUGUUGCCGCCGUCUCUUUUUGUCACUGUCGGAACAUUGUCCAUCGUGAUCUAAAAGCUGAAAAUUUGCUUCUGGAUGCCAAUCUGAAUAUUAAAAUAGCAGAUUUUGGCUUCAGUAACCUCUUCACUCCUGGGCAGCUGCUGAAGACCUGGUGUGGCAGCCCUCCCUAUGCGGCGCCUGAGCUCUUCGAAGGAAAGGAGUAUGAUGGGCCCAAAGUGGACAUCUGGAGCCUCGGAGUCGUCCUCUACGUGCUCGUGUGCGGUGCCCUGCCCUUUGACGGGGGCACGCUGCAGGACCUGCGGGCCCGGGUGCUGAGCGGGAAGUUCCGCAUCCCCUUUUUCAUGUCCACAGAGUGUGAGCACUUGAUCCGCCACAUGCUGGUGUUGGACCCCAACAAGCGCCUGUCCAUGGAGCAGAUCUGCAAGCACAAGUGGAUGAAGCUAGGGGACACGGAUCCCACCUUUGACAGAUUAAUAGCUGAAUGCCAGCAGCUAAAGGAAGAAAGACAGAUGGACCCCCUGAAUGAGGAGGUCCUCCUAGCCAUGGAGGACAUGGGACUGGACAAAGAGCGGACACUACAGUCAUUAAGAUCAGAUGCCUAUGAUCACUACAGUGCCAUCUACAGCCUGCUGUGUGACCGGCAUAAGAGACACAAAAGCAUACGUGUCGGAGCACCUCCUAGCCUGCCCCGAGCCGUGGCCUUCCAAGCACCAGUCAGCAUCCAGGCCGAGCAGGCUGGCGCCACUGUGAACAUCAGCGUCCCCCAGGUGCAGCUGAUCAACCCGGAGAACCAGAUCGUGGAGCCUGAUGGGACAGUGAACCUGGACAGCGACGAGGGCGAGGAGCCCUCCCCGGAGGCGCUGGUCCGCUACCUGUCCAUGCGGAGGCACACAGUGGGGGUGGCUGACCCGCGCACGGAAGUCAUGGAAGACCUGCAGAAGCUCUUGCCUGGCUUUCCUGGAAUCGGCCCGCAGGCGCCAUUCCUGCAGGUGGCCCCUAACGUGAACUUCACGCACAACCUGUUGCCCAUGCAAACUUUGCAACCACCUGGGCAGCUUGAGUACAAGGAGCAGUCCCUCUUACAGCCGCCCGCCCUACAGCUGCUGAAUGGGAUGGGCCCCCUUGGCCGGAGGGCAUCGGAUGGAGGAGCCAACAUCCAGCUACAUGCCCAGCAGCUGCUGAAGCGCCCACGGGGACCCUCCCCGCUCGUCACCAUGACACCAGCAGUGCCAGCAGUUACCCCUGUGGACGAGGAGAGCUCGGACGGGGAGCCAGAUCAGGAAGCUGUGCAGAGGUACUUGGCAAAUAGGUCCAAAAGACAUACACUGGCCAUGACCAACCCUACAGCUGAGAUCCCACCGGACCUACAGCGGCAGCUAGGACAGCAGCCUUUCCGUCCCCGGGUCUGGCCCCCUCACCUGGUACCUGAUCAGCAUCGCUCCACCUACAAGGACUCCAACACCCUGCACCUCCCUACGGAGCGUUUCUCCCCUGUGCGCCGGUUCUCAGACGGGGCUGCAAGCAUCCAGGCCUUCAAAGCUCACCUGGAAAACAUGGGUGCCAGCAGCAGCAUCAAGCAGCUGCAGCAGGAGUGUGAGCAGCUGCAGAAGAUGUACGGGGGGCAGAUGGAUGAAAGAACCCUGGAGAAGACCCAGCAGCAGCACCUGUUAUACCAGCAGGAGCAGCACCACCAGAUCCUCCAGCAGCAGAUUCAGGAUUCCAUCUGCCCUCCGCAGCCCUCCCCACCUCUUCAGGCUGCGUGCGAGAACCAGCCAGCCCUCCUCACCCACCAGCUCCAGAGGUUAAGGAUCCAACCUUCAAGCCCACCCCCCAACCACCCCAACAACCAUCUCUUCAGACAACCCAGUAAUAGUCCUCCGCCCCUGGCAGGUGCCCUGAGCCAGUCUCACGGUGCUGCGUCUCCCUCCCACUUUCAAGGCCUGCCCCCCCGCAGUGCAAUCUUCCAGCAGCAGCCUGAGAACUGCUCCCCUCCUCCCACCGUGGCGCUCACCUGCCUGGGCAUUCAGCAGCCCACCCAGUCCCAGCAGGUGACCGUCCAAGUGCAGGAGCCCGUUGACAUGCUCAGCACUCUGCCAGGGGCGGCCGCAGGCCCUGCUGGGCGGGGCAUCUCCAUCAGCCCCAGUGCCAGCCAGGUCCCGAUGCAGCACCGCGCCAACCUGAUGGCCGCCUUCAGCUACGGACACCGACCCUUGUCCAAGCAGCUGAGUGCUGACAGCGCAGAGGCCCACAGCUUGAACGCGAAUCGGUUCUCCCCUGCUAACUACGACCAAGCGCAUUUACACCCCCAUCUGUUCUCGGACCAGUCCCGGGGUUCCCCCAGCAGCUACAGCCCCGCCCUGAAAGUCCCUCCACUUGACCAAGGUCCCAGCUUCCCUCCCAGCGCACACCAGCAGCCACCGCACUACACCACGUCGGCUCUGCAGCAGGCGCUGCUGUCCCCGACCCCGCCGGACUACACGAGGCACCAGCAGGUGCCCCACAUCCUGCAGGGACUGCUCUCUCCCCGGCACUCGCUCGCCGGCCACUCGGACAUUCGCCUGCCCCCGGCGGAGUUUGCGCAGCUCCUUAAGCGGCAACAGCGAGAGUACCAGGAAUUGUUCAGGCAUAUGAGCCAGGGGGAUGCUGGGGGCCUGGCUCCCGGACCUGGGGGACAGAGUAUGGUGGAGCACCAGGCUUUACCGUUUCAAAGUACCGACUCGUAUCACCACCACCGCCACACCAGCCCCCAGCAUCUUCUACAAAUCAGGGCGCAAGAAUGUAUCUCCCAGGUCUCGCCACCCGCCCCGGCCCACGGGUAUGCUCACCAGCCGGCUGUCGUGCAUCCAGAGAGCAUGGAAGAGGAGUGCUCGUGUGAGGGCGCCAGGGACGGCUUUCCAGACAGGAAGAGUCCGAACCCAGUGACCAAAGGCUGCCAUGACAGCCCCCUGCUCUUGAGCACUGGCAGACCCGGGGACCCUGAAUCUUUACUGGGAACUGUGAGUCACGCACAGGACCUGGGGCUGCAUCCCUUCCGCCAUCAGCCAGCGGCUGCGUUCAGUAGGAGUAAGGUGUCCAGCCGAGAGUCUGUCAUAGGGAACUGCAGGGAUAGAAGUUCUCCAGGACAAGCAGUGGGGCCGCCAGACCACAGUGGACUUGGGUACCCAGCACGCCCCUCAGUCAGUGAGCACCACCGGCCCCGGGCCCUGCAGAGACACCACACGAUCCAGAACAGCGACGAUGCUUACGUGCAGCUGGAUAACUUGCCAGGAAUGAGUCUCGUGGCUGGAAAGGCACUUAGUUCCGCCAGGAUGUCAGAUGCGGUUCUCAGUCAGUCCUCACUCAUGGGAAGCCGGCAGUUCCAGGAUGGGGAGGACGAGGGAUGUGGGGAGAGUCUGGUGGGUCACGAGCACCCAGGCCUGCCUGAUGGAAGCCAGCACGUCGGCUCCUCUUGCUAUGCGUCCACAUGCAUCACAGACAUUCUGCUCAGCUACAAGCACCCCGAGGUCUCCUUCAGCAUGGAGCAGGCUGGCGUGUAACAGGAAUGCAGAAUGAGCAAAGCAGUUAGACUUCCGAGGCCCGGGGAGCCAGAGCCGUGUGCCGCCUCAGCCCCCCGGCCCCCGGCACAGCGCCCCGCCUUCUCCGCGCUGCUCUCCCCCAGGGGCACGUUCUCAGGGGCAGCACCCUCUGGGACCUUAGAGGCUAGGGAAGGGGAGAGCGGCAGGGGUGAUGGCCCUGGCACUCGGAGAGGAGCAUGGGAGACCCCAAGCCUGGGACCCGGGGAGGUCUUCACUGCCGGGAUCCGCUGAAAAGCAUGUGGGGCCCAGCCGAGGUCACAUCAGCAUGUCCGCGUGGAGGCUGAGUGCGGCCGGCUACACUGUCUCGUUGGGAGCCUUCUCUUCGGUGUCUAACUGAGCCCCCACCCCCCUUGUCACCUGGAAAGACGCCUUUACCGUCGUGCCGGUCCUACCCACGGACGGAACACCCCCUGGCGCACCCCGCUGUCCCCUUUCAUCCCUCCUCCCGCGUUGUGGUGUCGAGAGGAUUGUCCUUGCGGCACAGGCCCUGCUUUCCCCUUUCGGCCUCCGCGUCCCAGGCGGGAAGAGCGGGAGGUUGUCUUGGGCCCCUGCCUGCCCUCACCUCCUCCUCCCUCCCUGGGCAUCCUCAGCCCCUGUUUUAAUUCUUGAUCAUGUAGGAAUUGUUUUUGGUAAAUGUUGAUAUAUUGUUAUUAUUAUUAUUGUUAAUAUUAUUAAUAAAUGAAAACAAAAGGAUUUUUGUUUAAAAGAGAAACGUUUAACCAGAUUCUGUUCUAUUUGGAUUGUGACUUGCACCUUUGGUUCAAAGUAUUUUAUUUAGACAUGGUAACUGUAAACAGUUCUGACUUGUGCCAGUGACAGACGUCGUGGGCGCCUCCCCGGCUGAAGCAGUGCGCACGCUCUGGCUCGUUGGUGUCCUUCCCGUUACUUCCUUCACUGUUAGAAACCAAAGUCUCCUCCGCUGGCUUGGGGCUGCCAGGACCUGGGCAUCUCCUUCGAGCUUCAAAAAAAGAAAGAGACGUUAAAUAUUGUGACUCUUGAUCCCUUUAUCUGGGAAGGGAGAGUAGAAGGUCCCCAGGCCCCUCCUAGCCUCUCGUCCUGUAUCCACAGAGGAAAGCAGGUGCCCAGCAUGGCCGUCCUGGGCGCUGCUCCCAGGAGCCCCCCGCAGCUCGUCCUUCUCGCUGACACGGCAGCUCAGCCCCUGCACCCAGUAUCCCGAGUGGAUUUCUGCAAUGCAAGAGCCUUUCUCGGGGUCUGGCCCGUGUUCCCAUGGUCCCCAGUCUCCCCCCUCGCUUGGUGGGCCGCCAGCUACUGCCCAGGAGGCGGCUGCUGUUUGACUCCUCUGGACCUGUUGGGACCCUGACACCCCCACCGCCUGGCCCCCACGCACGCCCGGCCUGUUGUGUUUACAUGGCACUGUACGGUGGGAGAGCCGGGAGAGCUGACUGCCGUGGCCAGCAGCCGCCAGACGGCAGCCAGCGAGCCUCCUGACCGUGCCAUCUUGAGAACUACACUUUGAAAAAAACCAUUGCUUCGUAUUGUAGUAGCCAACGUGCGCAGUGUAUGUUGAAUGUAUAUGAAUAUACUUUCCUAUUUCUGUUCUUUGAAAGUGUCAGAAGUAUUUUUCUUUCUCAUUUAUGUUAAACUAAAAAAGAAUUAAAAAAUCUCCAGACCCA